CCUCCCGCGAAAGGCCUGCUGUGGGCUAAUGGUGGAUGUGGGGACCCAGCAGCCUCGGGACGCGUCUCCGGCGACCCACGCGGUCCUAUUGCAGCUGAGGAAAGCUGCAGCGUUCCCUCCCUGGGCCACCAAGUCCAGUGCGCAGGCUUGAGGGCGGGGCGGGAGUCGGAGGAGGUGCUGGGAUCGCUAAGCCCCGGGGCUCGCUCCGGCAGGAAUGGGCACUGGGCGCCCCGAGGAUCGGGUCCCGUUGGCGCUGCGUUUGGAUUCGCCUCCGAGGACACGCUCACGAAGAGUCGCAGGCUAAGCGCUUUCCUUCCGGUCCCUAGCCCGCCUCGCUGAUGGCUCACGUUGGCUCUCGAAAGCGCUCGAGAAGUCGCAGUCGGUCCCGUAGUGGUCGGCGAGGGUCAGAAAAGCGAAGUAAGAGGAGUAGCAAGGAUGCCUCGAGGAACUGUUCAGCCUCCAGAUCCCAGGGCCACAAGGCUGGCAGCGCCUCCGGGGUUGAGGAGAGAAGCAAGCACAAGGCCCAGAGGACAUCGCGAUCCAGUUCAACCUCCUCCUCUUCCAGUUCUUCUAGCUCCGCCUCGUCCUCAUCCUCCAGUGAUGGCCGGAAGAAGCGAGCGAAGCACAAGGAGAAGAAGAGGAAGAAGAAGAAGAAGAAACGGAAGAAGAAGUUGAAGAAGAGAGUCAAGGAGAAGGCAGUGGCGGUGCACCAGGCCGAGGCUCUGCCCGGCCCCUCACUGGAUCAGUGGCACAGAUCAGCUGGGGAGGACAAUGAUGGCCCAGUCCUGACAGAUGAGCAGAAGUCUCGUAUCCAGGCCAUGAAACCCAUGACAAAGGAGGAGUGGGAUGCCCGACAGAGCGUUAUUCGAAAGGUGGUGGACCCAGAGACAGGACGCACAAGGCUCAUCAAGGGAGACGGCGAGGUUUUAGAGGAAAUCGUAACCAAAGAACGACACAGAGAGAUCAACAAGCAAGCCACCCGAGGGGAUGGGCUGGCCUUCCAGAUGCGAACAGGCCUACUUCCCUGAGGGCUCAGCCAUCCCAGGUUUGUGAACUGCUGUUGGUGACUUGGAGACUAAUAGGUCCAGGUGCCUUUCCUACAGCCCAGCAUCCUCUUGGGUGCAGUGGAUUGGACAGCAAAUUGGACAGCAGAGUGUCACUAUUAAAUGAUCUUGGUCACAG